AUGGGGUUCGACUCUGCUCAGAGGUGUGUGGUGACAGGACUAGAAGCAACAGGCAAAAGUUGCAAGGUGGGAAAUUCCAGUUCGGAGUCGGAAAAACUUUUUUACCAUGAAUGUGAUAAAAUGUUUGUGGAGGUUGCCCAGAACAUCGGGGGGAUCUGCACCUUGACUAUGUUCAGAAUUUGGCUGGACAUGGCCCUGAGCUUCAUCAUCCAGUUGGAUAUGCUUUGCAUGAUGGGGGGUGCAUUCUCUGAAGUUGUUUUGGCUGAAGAGAGAGCAAGUGGGAAACUCUUUGCAGUCAAGUGCAUUCCCAAGAAGGCACUGAAGGGAAAGGAAAGCAGCAUAGAAAAUGAAAUUGCUGUCCUGAGAAAGAUCAAGCAUGAAAAUAUAGUUGCCCUGGAAGACAUCUAUGAGAGUCCGAACCAUUUAUAUCUGGUCAUGCAAUUAGUGUCCGGGGGAGAACUUUUCGACCGCAUCGUCGAGAAAGGGUUCUACACGGAGAAGGAUGCCAGCACCCUGAUCCGGCAGGUCCUGGAUGCUGUCUAUUACCUGCAUCGAAUGGGCAUCGUGCACAGGGACCUCAAGCCUGAGAAUCUGCUUUACUACAGCCAGGAUGAAGAGUCAAAAAUCAUGAUCAGCGACUUUGGACUGUCAAAGAUGGAGGGUAAAGGAGAUGUUAUGUCCACAGCCUGCGGGACCCCUGGCUAUGUUGCUCCUGAAGUGCUGGCCCAGAAGCCCUACAGCAAAGCCGUGGACUGCUGGUCCAUCGGGGUCAUCGCAUACAUCCUGCUCUGUGGGUAUCCCCCUUUCUAUGAUGAAAACGACUCCAAACUCUUUGAGCAGAUCCUUAAGGCGGAGUAUGAGUUUGACUCUCCAUAUUGGGAUGACAUCUCCGAGUCUGCUAAAGACUUCAUUCGAAAUUUGAUGGAGAAGGACCCUAAUAAAAGAUAUACCUGUGAGCAAGCAGCACGGCACCCUUGGAUCGCUGGUGACACAGCGCUCAGCAAAAACAUCCAUGAGUCAGUCAGCGCUCAGAUCCGGAAGAAUUUUGCAAAAAGCAAAUGGAGACAAGCGUUUAACGCCACAGCGGUCGUGCGACACAUGAGACGGUUACACCUCGGCAGCAGCCUGGAUAGCGCGAGCGCCAGUGUGUCAAGCACCCUCAGCCUCGCCACGCCACUUCCCGACACAGCCACACGGAAAGAUUCUCUGAUUGUUGAUUUUUACCUCCAGAGUCACAGAGGCCAUCUCUGAUGCCAACAGCAGUGCUCUUGCUGGAAAAACAACAACAAAACAAAAAAAAAUCCAGAAAACCUCCAGCUGGCCCCUUAGCCUGCAGAAGAAGUUGUGAGGACAGGCUGCCCGUGAACUCUGUGAGCUGAAAGUCAGUGUUGCAGUGGCAGGGGCUUCUGCUGCGGAUUUUGCAUGUAAUUUCAUUCCCAGUGCAUCCCAACUUUCUGCUGGAUCAUCCCUUCUGCAGCACAAAGUGGAUAUUGGCGCCACGGCACAGCUAGUGGGGAAGUAGGAGUACGGGGAAAACCUGGCAGUGAUGCUUUCCUGAGACUGUGUUACUCUGUUGGUGAUGUCUCUUCUGUCCUGAUUGCUAUUGUACAGGUGCCAUUGGAGUAGUAGG